CGACCACACAUCCAAAUCCACAAAUACUUCAACUCAAUAUCCUUCUUUUAUGUCUAUGCGAUUAUUGAUCCAUUACUCAUUUCAACUAUCUAUCUGUAAUGGCCAUGGCAACCCAAGCCACUCUUUUCACUGCCGCCGCCCUCUGCACCGCCAAGUCCAGCGACCGCGCCACCGUCCCAUGGAAACAACCAUCAUCUCUGUCAAUCACCACCGCUACCAGACCACUUAAAUACGUCCCACGUACCAUCAAGGCCAUGGCCGAAGAGAAAACCGAAGCCCCAACAAAAGAGGCUCCGGUGGGCUUCACCCCGCCGGAACUUGACCCAAACACCCCAUCGCCAAUCUUCGGUGGCAGCACUGGUGGGCUGUUGCGGAAGGCUCAAGUGGAAGAAUUUUAUGUGAUCACAUGGGAGUCACCGAAGGAACAGAUAUUCGAAAUGCCCACCGGGGGCGCUGCUAUUAUGAGGCAAGGUCCGAAUUUGCUCAAGUUGGCGAGGAAAGAGCAGUGUUUGGCUCUGGGGACAAGAUUGAGGUCCAAAUACAAGAUCAAGUACCAAUUUUACAGGGUGUUUCCGAAUGGUGAAGUUCAGUAUUUGCACCCGAAGGAUGGUGUUUAUCCUGAAAAGGUGAACCCGGGACGACAAGGGGUUGGGCAGAAUUUCAGGUCGAUUGGGAAGAAUGUUAAUCCGAUUGAGGUGAAGUUCACAGGGAAGCAGGUGUAUGAUUUGUAAUUUAGAGUGGAAAUGUGGUUAUUAUGUUGUACUUUGUGAUUAUGUCAAGUAUUUAUUUAUGUAUGUUUGUUUCCUUAAUUUCUUGAAAAUGCUACAGAAAUAGCAAAACUUGAUCAUUUAA